AUGGCCUCGCAUUUGCAAGACAAGGGCCGCAUUUGUGAAGCCAAGCAGCCAAGCAAGUUCCACAUCUACGGAAAAUGGGCUGCAUUUGCGGUUGUGCAGAAGCACAAGAAGGAGCCGCAGAAGCGACGAGGUGCACAUUUGCGAUCGGCUGGCCGCAAAAGUGGUAUCGCACUUGCGAUCAAAGCUUCACAGAGGAGGGUGAAAGACAUAAUCAGUGCGUACGCACCCCAAGCAGGCUUGGAUGAGGAAGUCAAGAGGCAUUUCUGGGAGGAUUUGCAUGAGAUGGUGCAUAGUAUCCCGCAUACCGAGAAACUUUUCAUAGGAGGAGAUUUCAACGGACACAUUAGAGCGACGUCUAGGGGGUAUGAUGAUGUACAUGGUGGCUUUGGUUUUGGAGAUAGAAACAAAGGAGGAACGUCUCUUCUGGACUUUGCUAGAGCAUUUGAUUUGGUGAUAGCAAACUCGAGUUUCCCAAAGAAGAGGGAGCACUUGGUCACCUUUCGGAGUUCGGUGGCCAAAACUCAGAUUGAUUACUUACUCUGCAGGAAGUCCGAUAGAGGUCUUUGCACAAAAGCUAAAGCGCAGGAGUUGGGUGUCCAUCCGGUGACCAUUGGGGCUUGGAGGAGUAGUGGGGACGCAAGCGAUACGUGGACCACAACUGCGCAGUGCAUUAGGGAAGCCGCAAGUGAGGUACUAGGGGUCUCAAAGGGUUACUAUGGUGUUCACAAGGGAGACUGGGGGUGGAAUGGAGAGGUGCAAGAAAAGUGGAAACCAAGAAAGCAGUGUAUCUGA